AUCAUUUAUGUAAUAUUAAGUUGUUACAAGGAAUCUAUUUUUUUUUAUGUUUAAGUUCAGGCACACAAAAGUUAUUUCACUGACAAAAGCGAAACCAGUUCCAGUCUAGCGUGACAUGGAUAAGUAAAAUGGAUGAUAAAAGGAAAACAUUAGAUGAUAAAUCAUCGCCAUCGUCUUUGUCGUCGUCAUCGUCUGAGGAGGAAAAUGUACAAGAAGAAUCCCGAAACGAGAAAUUCCGAAAAGUGGUGAAAAAGGUAAUCUGUCAGAUACGUAAACGUUUUGAUCAGCUCGACCCUGAGGUAUGUGUAAAUUUUCUGAGGGAUCCAUCGCUAACAGCUUUGUCUGCUCUUAAAAACAGAAUAAAGAAAUUGGAUAAAAAUUGGACGGAAGAAUUUCUGAAUUCAGGCGGACUGGAUGCCUUGUUGGAUGUCAUCGACGUUAUCGGAAACCGGAGAGUUACAAAAUUUGCAGAAGCUGUACGGCUUUUGGAAUGUGUUGUUUGUGUUAUGAAAUUGGUCAAUUCUAAGCAGGGGUUAUCUUUCUUUGUCCAGAAUGGAAACUACACGAAGAAGCUUGUCAAAGCAUUGGACACUAGCCAUGCUAUGGUUAAAAAGCAAGUAUUUGAGCUACUUUCAGCAUUGUGUAUAUAUUCAAUAGAAGGAUACAAUAUAGCAAUGAAUGCCCUGGACAGCUAUAAGAUAAUGAAAAAGCAAAGAUACCGAUUUAGUGUGGUCGUAAAUGAAUUGAAAAAGGAAGACUUUGUUCCUUACAAAACCACAUUGAUGGCUUUUGUCAAUUGUGUCAUUGUGGCUAAUAAAAAAUUGGAGGAUAGAGUGAGCAUCCGCAAUGAAUUUAUUGGCUUAAACCUUCUCGAUGUUAUCAAUGAUUUGCGAAACGAAGACAACGAGAAAACGAUCAUUCAAUGUGAUGUUUUUGACGACGAGAAGGCCUCAGAUGACGAAGCAAUGGCGGCUUUGAAUCCAGCUGGAAUUGACAUAAACAAUAUCAAAGAGGUGUUCAAUGUUCUCUGUGAUAAGAAACAUUUCAUUAUGAAAAUGCAUGUAAGUGACAACCGCUGGACACUGAUUGAAAAAUCAGUUAAGAAAGCUUUUGUGAUGGAUUCAAUGCUUGGCAAUAAAUGUGUUCUAUGUGGAAAAAACAUUUCACAAACAGAAAAUUCGGCGCCACCUCCUCCUCAUUCACCACCCGCACCACCUCCGCCAGCACCACCUCCACCACCACCACCGCCAGGAUUAGGGCCUCCACCACCACCCCCUCCACCAGGUUUAUCACCGCCACCUCCACCACCACCGCCAGGAUUUGGCCACCCCCACACUGGACCUCCACCACCCACCUCCUAGGUGUGGUAGUGGCCUCCUUCACUUUCAGCUACAAACUCCCAAGGAUCCUGCACUGUGUGUACUCACACUCCAAAACGCAAAUUGAAAACAAUCAACUGGACAAAGAUACCAGCUCGUAGUAUUUCAUCUAAAGGGAAUGUUUGGAAGCAAGUUAUGAAAAUGGAAGAUAAAGUACCUGUAAAGCAUGAAACCUUGGAACAGGAAUUCUGCAGGAAGCAGAUCCAAAAAACGAAAGAAAAGAAAAUUAAACUUCCAAAAGAGAUACUGCUUCUUGAUGGAAAACGAAGUAUGAAUGUAAACAUCUUUCUGAAGCAGUUUAAGUGUAGCCACACAGAAAUUGUAUCAAUGAUAAAGACAGGUGAUGUAGAUGUCAUCGGCAAAGAGCGUCUACUAGGUUUACAGAAAAUACUUCCAAAGGAGGAAGAGGUUAGUAUGCUUGAAGAAUUCGAGGGAGAUAAAGAGAAACUUGGGAAUGCAGAGAAAUUCUAUUUAAAACUCAUCAAGUUGCAAGCCUACAGAAUUCGUAUAGACGGACUUGUUCUAAAGGGCGAUUUCGGAGACACAAUGGAUAAUCUUUUACCAAAUAUCAGUGCUGUGAUUAAAACAUGCAAAUGUCUUCUGGAAAAUGAUUCUCUCAAAGUGUUUCUACGCUAUGUUCUACAUACUGGAAAUUUCAUGAAUGCAGGUGGGUAUGCAGGCAACGCGAUGGGUUUCCGGAUAAAUUCCUUAAAUAAAUUGAUGGAUACAAGAUCCAAAAAGCCCAGGGUAACUCUUUUGCACUAUCUCGUUGAAGAGGCCGAAAAAGAAGACAAGGAAGCUCUAGCUUUUGUUGAGGAGAUAACUCCAAGUUUGGCCAUUGCCUCAAAUUUGACUGUGGACUCUUUGGCAGCAGAGGUUAAAGAAGUAAAAGAUAAGGUUAACGGUCUGAAAAAAGGCCUGAAAAAGAGUCCCAGUGACGUCAAUAAUCAACUUAAAACAUUUGUACAGGCAAGCAAAAAGGAAAUGACUUCAUUAGAUGAGAGUUUAGAGAAAAUAACAGAACUGACACAGCAAAUUGUUUGUUACUUCUGUGAAAAAGAGAAAAGUUUUAAAUUAGAUGAGUGCAUUCACGACAUGAAUACGUUCUGUGAUAAUAUUAAACGAUGUCAAAAGGAGAAUUUACAGAGAAAACACAAAGAAGAAAUGGCAGAGCGCAGGAAAAAGCAGGAACAGGAAAUGACAAAGAAACAUGCUGAGCAUACUUCAGCAAAGAAAGAAUCAAUUGAAGAAGAUUGUAUUAUAGAUCGAUUACUGAAGGAUAUUCGGAAAGGACACAAGCUACGAACCACGAGACAACAGACAUAG